AUGCAAGACCCUACAGACACACCGCCAUCAGAACCCCAGCCUCAAUAUGACGGCCACCAUCCGUCCUCGCCAGACGCAGCGGCGGAGCCCCUCGACCGCCCCAUCUCCCUGACCGUCACCCACGCCGGCCAGACCCGCGCCUUCAGCUUCCCCUCCUCCGCCACACUCGAGGACCUGACCCUCGAGUGCGAAGACGCCUGGGGCCCCGAGUACGACUGGUCCUCGCACAAGCUCAUCGCCCCUCCCCCGGCGGGGCUCCUCAAGCCCGCCGACCGGCCGGACGAGCCCCUGGCGCCCCUGCUCCUCGGCGGCAAGAAGCUGCGCCUCCUGGCCACGAAGCUCAGGGACGUCGACGCCCUGCGCUCCGCCGCCAGCCUCGCCCGCCGCCGCGACGAGCGCCGGGCCGCCCAGCGCCGCGACGCCCGCAGGCCUCAGCGCUCGGCGCCGCAGACGUCCCGCCAGGACGCGGCCUACACCUUCCUCCAGAUCCGGCCGCUGCCAAACCUGCCGAACCCGCAGCGCAGCCGCGCCUUCCUCGAGCGCCUGCGCGACGACCCGGGCAUCCGCGCCGCCAUGCGCGCGCACCGCUUCGCCGUCGGCCUGCUGACGGAGAUGGACCCGCUGUCCUACACGCAGCAGUCGCACGAGGGCACCACGCGCGUCCUGGGCCUGAACCGCAACAAGGGCGAGGUCAUCGAGCUGCGCCUGCGCACCGACGCCUACGACGGCUACCGCGACUACCGCACCAUCCGCAAGACGCUGUGCCACGAGCUCGCGCACAACGUGCACGGCCCGCACGACCGCGACUUCUGGGACCUGUGCCACGCCAUCGAGCGCGAGGUCGACAGGGCCGACUGGAGGCACGGCGGGCGCAGCGUCGGGGACGCCCCCGUGUACGACCCCGAGGGCAGCAGGGACGAGGAGGCCGAGCCGCUGGACCACGGCGGGUGGACGGGCGGCGAGUACGUGCUCGGCGGUGGGCCGUCGUCGUCGUCGUCCGCGUCGUCGAGGGCCGGCGAAGGAGGCGAGCCGCCCCUGAGCAGGAGGGAGAUCUUGGCCAAGGCUGCCGAGGAGAGGAUACGGAGGAUGAACGAGGACAGUCCCAGGAGUAACGGUGGGCGGAGCGAGGGCUCGUCGUCAAAGUAG